AUGAGCGACCAAAAGGGUGCCAUGGUAGAGUUCCGAGAGACCCUUGAGGAGGCUCAGCAACGCGCAAUGGCGUCAUGUCGCGAGUGGCCACGCAUGGGUUUUCAAGACUUCAUGGAGCUUGUCCAGGUUCCCGAAAAUAUUCAUAGCCAAGGCCCUGGUGUGAAACGGUACAUGAGCCGUCAACCCGCUUGGAUGGCUGGGAACGAGCUGCCGUGGGAUGAACUGUUCCGAAAUUUGAAGGGUCCUCGGCCACGACACCGCGGACUGGGUGUUUUUGGAGGUUGCGUGUAUGCGCAAGCGCCCUUGGCUGCCGCGAGGGCCAUCGAGGAAGAGGAGAGGCGGCAGACUGCUGCUACGGGUCUUGUCAAGCCUGUACCUGGUAUUCACUCAAUACAAGGCAUCUUCACCGUCCCGGGGCUCGGUGAUCGCCCGUUCGUAUUCGACGUCACUAAUAUAAUCUCUGGCCGCUCGUUUUUCGGCCGCCAAGUCAACGUUCGCCAACCCAAACAACCGUCCUCAAACCCAGCGGGUCCUUUCCCCGACUCAGACGCCGAGCUCCCUCUCGGAGACAUCUGCUUCAGCUGUAUUACUACCUUCAAGCGACCAGCUGAGGGUGUAGACGACGUUCAGUCCCCCAUAUCUGCCCAGAAACGCUACGCCAAUAUAUUGUCUCAGAGAGCCCCGGACGAAUGGGAACCUGCGCCCCAAUCCGACAUCGACAUCAUCACAUCUCUAUUCAAGGACUUCAAAGGACACGGGGGCUUCCCGUUACUGGACAUGCACAAAGUUGACAUGUCCGAGUACAAUAGCGACAAGGAGGUCCCCGACCGCAUUCAGCUGAUGUUGUAUCGGCCCAUGAAGCCCAUUCCUAAAGACGAUGUCAACGGACACAUUGUGUGCCAUGCUUUCGAAGCCGACAGGAACGGGCUGAUCAUGCUUGGCAAUCACAUGGGGUACGGAUUCAACAUGGACAAGGCAGCCAGCCUCAGCUAUUCCUUCUAUGUCCACACAAACCCCGACGAAGCGGUCAUGGAUGGCGAUGGGUGGUGGAUUCAGGAAAUCAACUGGCCCAGAGUCAGUGCCAAUAGAUGCAUGAUGGAGAGCAAGAUUUGGAGCCCGGAGGGGAAGCACGUAGCCAGUGCCUACCAAGAUGGCAUGCUUGUACCGGCAAAGGAGCCGAUGGAGGUGAAAGAAUCUAAGCUGUGA